AUGCGUUCUCACCUUCCAUUAGGUACGACAACCACUCCACCUCACCCAUCGACCUAUUUCCUCGUAUCCGAUUUUCGAUCACCUAUCAAGCAAAUGGCGACCACGAAUUCGUUGACAGCGCAAAGACCAAAAAAUCAGGAAGAACGCGAAGCGCUUAAAGAAAAGGUUCGAAAUUUGCUCAAGAACAAAGAAUUUGAAAUGUACAAAGCUCCCGCAAUUUAUGGAAGGGCCAGUUGGCUUUUGCAUCUCACGGCAGUCGCGCAAUUGAUAUGUUGGAUGGUCUCCAGGAUGAGCAUCAUUCAGAACAAAGAUAUCAUGGCCAAGAUCGAGAAUGACAUGAAGCUACCUUUCUUGCGUACAAGGAUAAUUCCCAUCAAAGAUUUGCACUGCGACAAAAAGCUAUUCAGCGGAGUAGGAGAAUCCGGUCACGAGGCUCCAAAGGGAAAAAGGUUUCCUGCUAUGAUACUGAAGAAGGGUGACCAAUUUACGGG